CAAUAUCAUAAAAGGCUUAAAAGUAUGAAACUCGUAAAACAACACAUCGAGAAAGACAAGUCAGGAUAUGUCACUCUUGUCCCGGAAGAUUUCGAGGACAUGUGGCAUGUCUAUAACCUCAUUCAAAAGGACGAUCAGCUCCGAGCGGUCACUAUUCGGCGAAUCCAAUCUGAAAGCUCAACGGGGUCUGUCGAUAGUCAAAGGGUAAAGCUUACUCUCAGCAUCUCGGUUGAUAAUGUUGAUUUUGAUACCCAAGUUGGAGUACUGCGGAUAAGUGGUCGUGUUAUCGUUGAAAACCCAUAUGUCAAGCUGGGAACUUUUCAUACCAUUGAUUUGGAGAUGAACCGCAGCUUCACUCUGAUCAAACCAGAAUGGGACGUCAUUGCACUAGAGAGAGUUCAAGAAGGAUGUGAUGUCACUAAGAAAGCUGAUGUUGCCGCAGUAAUAUGCCAAGAAGGCUUAGCAAAUGUUUGCCUAUUGACCUCAAGCAUGACACUCAUCCGCCAGCAUAUUGACUGCCCUGUUCCCAGGAAACGUAGAGGGUCAGUUGCAAAUUAUGAAAAGGGGAUGAAACGCUUCUUUGAGCAAAUAUACCAAGCCAUUCUUCGACACAUUGACUUUGAGAUCGUCAAAUGUGUUAUUUUGGGAAGUCCAGGAUUUGUCCGGGAACAACUUUACGAAUAUAUCUUUGCAGAGGCAGUUAGGACGGACAACAAGACCAUUUUGCAGAACCGUCCAAAGUUUAUUAUGGUUCACACAUCUACUGGACAUAAGCAGGCACUACAGGAAGUCAUGAAUGAUCCCUCGAUUAAAAACAAACUCGCGGAUACUAAGGCUGCUCAAGAGGUUCAGGCGUUAGACCAAUUUUAUGAGAUGAUGAACAAUGACCCGGAUAGGGCGUUUUAUGGGUUUAAAGACGUUUCAAAAGCAGCGGAGCGCGGGGCUAUUGGUACACUUUUGGUUACAGAUGAGUUGUUCAGAGCAGCUGAUGUUGCCAAGAGACGAAAGUACAUUGCCCUUGUGGAAGAGGCACGUGCUACUGGCGCCAAAGUCUUUGUGUUUUCAAGUUUACAUGUUUCAGGGGAGAAUCUUAAUCAGCUCACUGGGGUCGCAGCUAUACUCAACUUUCCAUUACCGGACAUUGACGAUGAGGAGGAGGAAGAGGCAGCGGAUGAAACCCUACAGGAUGAGGACGAAGCACCUCAAAUGCACUCAAAUCAUGCUGCUGAGGCCUUUGAUGCUGUCCUUGGCUAGAUUGGGAAAAUGGGCUUUAUUCUAAAGUGUAAUAAAAGACGAU